UUUUAUUUUGAUUCUCAUGCACUGAGGAUGGUUGGGCAAAGCAGGUUUUGCUCAAUCUGUGUACAGCAGCAGAUAGUAAUUGGUUACUGCUUCUGUUGCCCUUUUGUUCUCCCAAACGGAAAGAAAGAUGGAGGUUGUUUCAUGCUGCCUUUAUCAUGUGUUCCAUUGAUUCUGGUUCGCUUCUGGUUCGAAUCUUGUAAUUUACUGGACCUCGAGUCUUUUAAUGCCUUUCUUUGGCAGCCCUCGUACUCUCUACGUAUAUUGCUGCAGUUUCAACUUAGUUUCUCUCUCUAUCUCUCUAUAUAUAUUCAACUUUCAAUAAAAAUUACUUUGAUUUCUCAGGGAAGUUGUAAAUUCAAUCAAAUGCUCUUGGACCAUCCAUCUUCUAUGACAACCAAAUGGAUGUGGCUUCAAAGAAACAAACACAAAAAGAGAAAACUAGCACAAGAGAGGCACGUCCAAAUUUUCUCUUGGUCAACGAUUCUCUUCUGUCUUAAAUUUCAGAUCUUGAUUGGAACUACCUCCAAACCUUCUAAUACUUACGGAAGAGAUAUUGAAGAGAAUAAUAUCUAGAAAACGGUCUUUCCACAUCAAAAUUUCUAGGAGGAUGUCAAAGUUGCAAAAAUAUGAGCAGCAGCCAUGUUUCCUCUCCGAGAAACAUGACAAAAACGUAAAGCAUAUGAUUACUUUUUUUUUUCUUUUGGCAAAUUACUAGGUUUGAAUUGGUUGAACUUGAAAUCCUAGAUCUAAACGUGUGUGUAUAUAUAUUUACAAUUGUAAAUCUACUUGUAGAGUAACUCAUUCUAACCAAAUUUUUAAGUAACACAUUUUUCAAUACUAUACAAAUAGAUAUUUGAACCACA